UUGAGAGAACCAGCGGUGUUGACGGUUGACCUCUAACCACUCCAGAGUCAUUAACUGCUGCCUGUGUCUUACGCUUUGUCCCUGUUGCUGCCUGAGUCAACCUUUGGUUUUUUAACUAUCAAUAUUUACCCCUGAGUGUAAAAUAUUGUUCCUGUUGGUAUCUGAGUAAACUAUUGUUCCUGUUGCCACAUGACUGUUGACCUUUGUUCUUGUUGCUCGAGUAUUAAGAUUUGUGUUUGUUGUUGCCUGAGUGUCAACCGUUGUCCCCUAAUACUGUACAUCGUCAUAUCGUAAUAAUGUCAUCAAGACCAACGAAGCAAAGGCGAGUGGUGAAGUGGGACAGCAGGAGAACUACUAAGAAGGUUGUUGGCCGAGACUCCAUGGAGGAUGGCGGGGAGCAUUUACCAAGACCGUCCCAAACUCUUCCCUUGACCUUUGAUCUACCAGUGAAGGCAGGGAGAAUUGGUCGUGGUAAAGCACUACAGAUGUCAACAUGCUCCCCAAUUGAUCACCAAUCAGCAAAACCAAUUAAUCCAGGUGCGUAUUACACGCCCGUGGGUAUAACAGAUUGUGGGUUAAAUGUUCGACCUGCUGUACCUGGAGAUUGUUAUGUCAGAAAGUCGUGGAAAAACUUGUCUAAUGCUCCUGUUGCGUAUCAGGUUCAGCAGAUGCUUUAUGAAGAUCAAUUCACUGAUGAUGAACCAAGUAACAGCAGCAGUUUUCAAAAGAAUAGUAACCAUAUAAAUGGUAAGAACAAAUUUGAUUGGAUAUCUGAUGAAUAUAAUUUUGGAGAAUAUCAAAAUCCAAAUGUGGGGAAUGGGCUACCUCUGCACUGACAUAGGUGGUGCAGAUAUUCAUAUGAACAGUUCUCUGGAGAAGAUACAAGUACAGGAACAAAGUCCAUGGGAACCUUUGGAUUUUUUAAGCUAGACCUAAAUUCAACUACAGAAUUUCCAUUUCUAUAAUCUAAGAAAACUUUAGGAAAUUACACGAGUAAUUAGCUUGUUAAGCAAGUAAAGGUAAAAAAAAAAGGCAAGGGUUAUUUAGGAAAUAGUUAUUAGCCAAAAUGUUCAGGGAAACUUUACAUUGGGUACCUCAGAAAGGAAGGUCUUGGGUCUUGUACUGUAACUCUAAACUUGUUUUUAAAUCUUUUUAAUCGUGCUUAACCCUCUCGUUCACGCAAUAUGUUUUUAAGUUUCUGUGACCAUGACAAAAGUCAUUACUUUUACUUUUAUCCUCUUCGCUACUGAUUGGCUCGUUAGCCGCUUGGGCGUUCGGUCACGUCUCUGAUACGCACUGUUGGCAGAUACUGGGCAUGUACCGGCUCAUGAAUAUAUCGGAACGGACGUCCACCCCACAAGGGGUCACAGCUCAAGGUUGAAGAAGCCACAGGUCCAGAAAACUUUGAGGGCAAAUUUUUUUGGAGUGAAAAUUGCGAACUCUUGGAGCAACGUGCCAGAGAGCAUUGUGACAGCACCAAGUGUGAGCUCAUUCAAGGCCAGACUUGACCAA